AGUUUACCCAAGUUGAAAAGGCUCAACCUGAGUUUUUCUCAGAAACUUACUAGAAUACCAGACCUUUCUUUGUCACCAAAUAUUGAAGAAAUAAUUCUCAAUGAUUGUCCAGAGUUGAUUAAAGUUCACUCUUCCAUAUUACUCACCAAGCUCAUUUUUUUACGUUUAGAUAACUGUGAUAAUCUCAAAAGUGUAACUGUUCCCAGCAAUAUUCUGUCCAGAUCACCAGGAUGCAUUCUUCUUUACUCCUGUUGCAAGCUUGAAAUGUUUUCAACCACUCAAACCCAAAUAUGUUAUUCUCCACCAUCAUCAUCAUUAAUCGGUCGUCAAAAUUUCUCUGGGGUGCCCUUAAAUACUGGUAGCUUGAAAAGGCUCAUUCCCAUAAGACCCUAUUCCAGUGAAAUUUUCUCCAUUACUUUUGACCGAUAUUGGGGAACAGACGACGAAAAAGAAGUGACUAAUAAUAAUGUAUACGCAGAUGAUGAAGUGCUGCUACAACUCACUAGAUAUAUGUCCUUAAACACUCCAAGUCCCAAAAACCUCUGUUUCAUAAAUCUCUCGAAAUGUUCUUCCCUUACAAUAUUUCUAUUUGACCUUUCUGAGAUGAAAUUCCUAAAGAAACUUUGUCUUAGUGGUUGCUCAAAAUUGGAAAACUUCCCCGAGAUUGAGGACACGAUGGAAAAUUUAGCGGUUCUAAUCUUAGACCACACAGCCAUACAGGCACUACCUUCAUCCUUGUGGCGUUUGGUAGGGCUUCAACAACUGAGUUUGCGCAGUUGCAUGANAAUAGAAAGAGAUCCAAUAGACACUGUCAGAGAAAAAUAUAUGUCUGAGGUUGUAAAUAUGUCUGAGUACAGACUCAAACGAAUGAGGAUUCUCAUCAUUCUUGAUGAUGUUACCGAUUCAGUUCAAGUUAAAGAAUUGCUAGGAAGGCAUGAUAGUUUUGGACAAGGUAGUAGAAUCAUUAUAACCAGUAGAGACAAACAAGUGUUAAGGAAUGCUGGAGCUGAUGACAUCUACGAUGUUGAGGAGUUGAAUAAAGAUGAUUCUCUAAAACUUUUUAGUUUACAUGCUUUUCAACAAAACUCUUCACAAGAAAUAACGUACAAGGACUUGACAAAAAAAGUGUUGAGAUAUGCAAAAGGAAUUCCAUUAGUUCUCCAAAUUUUGGGCUCAUUACUUUUUGGCAGAACAAGAGAAGCAUGGGAAAGUCUGUUACAAAAGUUGAAAAAAUUCCAGCAUAGUAAAAUUUUUAGUGUAUUAAAAUUAAGUUAUGAUGGGCUUGAUGACGAGGAGAAGAAUAUAUUUCUUGACAUCGCUUGCUUUUAUAGGGGAUGCAAGGAAAGUGAGGUAGUAAAAAGAUUAGAUGACUGUGGUUUUUCUUCUAAGAUUGGAAUGGAUGUUCUCAAAGACAGAUGUCUAAUAUCUAUCGUUGAUGGUAGAACUAAAAUGCACGAUCUAAUGCGAGAAAUGGGUGAAGAAGUUGAUGGUAGAAUUGAAAUGCACGAUCUAAUACAAGAAAUGGGUCAAGAAAUUGUUCGUCAAGAGUGUCCUCAAUAUCCUGAAAAACGCACUCGAUUGUUCAAUGCUGACGAAAUUGAUGAGGUUUUAAAAAAGAACAAGGUAUGUUAUAUUGUCACUCAAUUGAAAGAGUCACAUGGAUUUACUUUUCUUAAAUUGCAAACCACUUACUAUCUUGAACAACUUUGGGAAGGAGAUCAGUUCAUUUACUUUUUGUGGCAGAGUUUACCCAAGUUGAAAAGGCUCAACCUGAGUUUUUCUCAGAAACUUACUAGAAUACCAGACCUUUCUUUGUCACCAAAUAUUGAAGAAAUAAUUCUCAAUGAUUGUCCAGAGUUGAUUAAAGUUCACUCUUCCAUAUUACUCACCAAGCUCAUUUUUUUACGUUUAGAUAACUGUGAUAAUCUCAAAAGUGUAACUGUUCCCAGCAAUAUUCUGUCCAGAUCACCAGGAUGCAUUCUUCUUUACUCCUGUUGCAAGCUUGAAAUGUUUUCAACCACUCAAACCCAAAUAUGUUAUUCUCCACCAUCAUCAUCAUUAAUCGGUCGUCAAAAUUUCUCUGGGGUGCCCUUAAAUACUGGUAGCUUGAAAAGGCUCAUUCCCAUAAGACCCUAUUCCAGUGAAAUUUUCUCCAUUACUUUUGACCGAUAUUGGGGAACAGACGACGAAAAAGAAGUGACUAAUAAUAAUGUAUACGCAGAUGAUGAAGUGCUGCUACAACUCACUAGAUAUAUGUCCUUAAACACUCCAAGUCCCAAAAACCUCUGUUUCAUAAAUCUCUCGAAAUGUUCUUCCCUUACAAUAUUUCUAUUUGACCUUUCUGAGAUGAAAUUCCUAAAGAAACUUUGUCUUAGUGGUUGCUCAAAAUUGGAAAACUUCCCCGAGAUUGAGGACACGAUGGAAAAUUUAGCGGUUCUAAUCUUAGACCACACAGCCAUACAGGCACUACCUUCAUCCUUGUGGCGUUUGGUAGGGCUUCAACAACUGAGUUUGCGCAGUUGCAUGAAUCUUGAGAUUAUUCCAUCUUCCAUUGGAAGCCUCACCAGACUAUGCAAGUUAGACCUUACCAAAUGUGAAUCACUUCAAACUUUUCCAAGCACCAUUUUCAAAUUGAAGUUGAGGAAACUUGAUUUGUGUGGUUGCUUAAGGCUGAGGACCUUCCCAGAGAUCAUGGAGCCGACACAAACUUUUGCUCACAUAAACUUAACAGAAACGGCUAUCAAAGAACUGCCUUCCUCGUUUGGCAAUUUGGUUAAGCUUCGAUCCCUGCAGCUCAACAAUUCCUCUGAUCUCGAGUCACUUCCAAACUCCAUUGUUAAUCUAAAGCAUCUCUGUAAACUUGAUUGUUCCGGGUGUGCCAAAUUAACAGAAAUCCCAACUCACAUUGGUUGCUUGUCUUCAUUAAUGGAAAUGUCACUGAGUGAGAGCGGAAUAGUGAACCUUCCUGAAAGCAUUGCUCAUCUUUCAAGCUUGAAAUCGCUUGAUUUAAGUUACUGCAAAAAGCUUGAAUGCAUCCCACAGAUUCCACCAUGUCUAAAACAACUCGUGGCAUUGGAUUGCCCAUCCAUUAAAAGAGUGAUGCUAAAUUCUCUUGUUCGAAACCUCUCAGAGUCGAAGGAGGGUGUCUUCAAAUUUCAUUUCACCAAUGCCCAACAACUGGAUUCAGGUGCUCGUGCUAACAUUGAGGAGGAUGCAAGGCUCAGAAUGACCGACGAUGCAUAUAGGUCUGUGUUCUUCUGUUUUCCAGGGACUGCAGUUCCUCAUUGGUUCCCCUUUCGCAGUGAAGGAAGUUCAGUGAGUAUAAAUGAAGAUUUAAGUUUCUGCAGCGAUGACAGGCUCAUUGGUUUCGCUUUGUGUGUGGUUUUUGAAUUGUUAGAUACCAAUCAAAUUAUUGGUAGACGUGAUUCUUUUCGUUACUGCCUAAAAUUUGAAUGUGAUGAUGAUGGUACACAGAUUAUUCUAAAAGAGGAUCUGUUACAUAACUAUUUCGAAUGGAAUGGUAAAGAAAGAGUUGUCAAUCAAGAUCACACAUUUAUGUGGAAAUUUAACUUGGAGAGCCUAAGGAGGAGCGGCAUGAACCUUAGGCUCUCUGAUGCUCGAAGCUUCACUUUUGAGAUCACUCCAUAUUAUGUCUACUUUGUGGGGUCAAAUUUCUACUCCGUUGCGAACGAGUUAAAAUCAGUUGUGACAAUAAAAGAAUGCGGCUUAUGCCCUCUUUAUAGAAGCGGAAGCAAUGUUGGAGAGUCUUCAAGGGAAACAACGGAACAUAGGAAGAGGAAGGCCGAAAGCCACUUAGUAGGCUAGUCUCUUGCUCUUCUGCUAACUGGUCUUCCGUUGGUGAGUGUGGCUUAUAACCAAUACUUGUUAAUUACAAGUUUCAAAACGUUAAACUUUUAUUAU